CCGUCCGCUGCUUCCAGAGACAUCGCCGCGCUGCCAGCAACCGCCCUACACAUCCGAGCCUGAUCCGCCAUCCAUGGCGCUACGCACCCUCAUGGCGAGGGUGCGGACUUCCGCCGCUGCACUCCGCCUCCAGACGCCGGCCCUCAGCUUCUCCCCUCUGCCCGGCGGCCGCCCCAACCUCCACUCCGCCGCCGCCGCCGCCCCCCGCCUCCCCCCGCCGGCCGGCGGCCGUCCCUGCUUCAUCUCCACCAGGAAUCUGAUAGUUUCCCUUUGCUAUUUCACACAAUCCCUGCACAAACAAAUCAUGUCGGCCACUAGGUUCCAGGGAUAUGUUUGCUUGUCUCCUGGGUGUAUUGAUAUUGAAACUACUCCCUCCGAUCCGAAUCAAUUGACGCAGCCUCUGUAUAACAUUCGCACAAGAAUUAACUUGGAAUCAGCUAGCAAAGAGGAGCUCGAACGUGAGGCAAGCUUCUUAAGGGAACAGAUCAAUGAGUUUGUGGACCGUAUUCACAAGGAGAAGGAGAGGUCUGAUCUAAUCAAGAAGGAUCUUUGGGCUUCUCUGAAGCGUAUGGCCUGUUGUGCUGCUGUGGUGAAAGUCAUAACGCUUGUCAUUCCUUAUAAACUAGCGGAAGAAGAUGAGGUGAUGGAUAUGAACUAGCAGAACAAGCUGAGUUGAUGAACUAGUGGAACAAGCUGAGACGUCUUGUCAUCAGCUUGCUUUGAGCUCUUAACUAGUAGCAGGUUAUAUUAGGGAACUCAUGUAUUAAUAUGCCUAUCAGCCAUGUGUCAGCACUUCACUAUGUUAUAGAACUCCGAGCUGUUUGUAUGGGUGUUCGUCUUUUAUCAGCUAGUUGUGAGCUCUGAAUGAUUAGUAGGUUAUGUUAGGGAACUCAUGUAUUGAUAUGCGUAUCAGCUGUGUAUGAGUGUAGCGAGCUAUGACUAUAUAUGGAUAUUUGUUUGAGGAA